UUGAAAUUUGAACACUGCUAUUGUUCCCGCGUCGGAAACGGUUCGAGAUUGCGCAAAAGUUAAUGCGCGAUAAACAGCAGUCUCUUUCUCUUUUAAACACAGCAAGAUGUCGAAGAGAGGACGUGGUGGUUCUGCCGGAGCAAAAUUUAGGAUAUCACUGGGCUUACCAGUUGGCGCAGUCAUAAAUUGUGCCGAUAAUACUGGUGCCAAAAAUUUGUAUGUCAUCGCAGUUCAAGGUAUUAAAGGCAGGCUAAAUCGUUUGCCAGCUGCAGGAUCAGGUGAUAUGAUAGUUGCUACUGUCAAAAAGGGAAAACCUGAACUUAGGAAGAAGGUUAUGCCUGCAGUUGUAAUACGGCAACGAAAACCGUUUAGAAGGAAAGACGGAGUUUUUAUAUAUUUUGAAGACAAUGCAGGGGUUAUUGUCAAUAAUAAAGGAGAAAUGAAAGGGUCAGCUAUCACAGGACCCGUUGCAAAAGAAUGUGCAGAUUUGUGGCCGAGGAUAGCAUCUAACGCCAGCAGUAUCGCGUAAACAUUCUGUAGAAAUUUAUUGCCCUUAAUAAAAUAAAUUUGAGCAUUUUCUUGUCA